AAAACCUAAAUAAUUUUCAAUUUGGGCUCUAGUUUGCUCCAGUCCUUUACACUGCUACGGGCCAGUCGAUCGGAAUGCUCGUCCGCUUCGGAGCCCUCAAGCAGCAAGCUCGCCGUCUCCUCUACCCCGACCUCCUUCCCCGAUUGCAGGCCCUAAACAGUUACACAGUACCUCUCUCCUGCCCUAUCUCUUCCGAUGCUACAACCGGCGGAGGCCGCGAAGGCUCGGGUGCUGAAUGGACAGACGACAUCCUCUACCUUGACGAAUCCGGCGGCGUCAUCUGCUCCGGCCGAGGCCUCCGUGCCACCGAGCCCGGCCUUGAUUCCCACGUAAUGGUCGGCGACCUACGAAAGCCCCUCUCACCACCCGCCGCUGCGGCUAAGAUCGUUGAGAUCGCCCGCCGAUGGCGGUGGGGCCCUGACCUACACUCUCAUCUCGAUCGCCUCCCUUUUACCCCUUCCCCAUCCCACAUCCACCUCGCUCUCGCCCACCUUUCCGAUCCCGAGUCAUCUCUCUCCCUCCUCCGAUGGGCCCGCCGCCAACCUUGGUUUUCCCCUUCCGACGACUCCUACUCCGUUAUCCUUGACCGCCUCCAUUCUGCUGGCGAUAUAGACUCCGUUCUCUCCCUCUUUGACGAGAUCGUUUCGGAUGCCAAUAUGACGGAGGGGAAAACCGCCUUCCCUUCAGCUCUUAACCGGGCGAUUCAGUACCUCGCCCUUGGCGGCCGCAUGGAGGUGUCCUUCCACUGCUUCAAGAAGCUGCGCGAUUUAAGCUUUAAUGAAUUUACCACUCAGACUUACAAUUCUCUUAUAACCUUGUUUCUCAGCAAGGGAUUGCCUUAUAAGGCAUUUGAGAUAUACGAAGCCAUGGAGGCUAGCGGAUGCCCCCUUGACUCCUCCACCUACGACCUCAUGAUCCCUGCCCUCGCGCGGUCUGGCCGCCUCGAUGCCGCCCUCCGCCUCUUCCAGGAUUCCAAGUCUCGUAGCGCUGCCCGGCCUGGUUUUCCUAUUUAUUCUGCUUUGGUAGACUCCAUGGGCAAGGCUGGGCGGUUGGAUGCAGCUGUGGGGCUCUACCGUGAGAUGCUUGCCUCCGGGUACAAGCCUUCUGUUACAAUGUAUGUCUCUAUGAUCGAGUCGUUGGUGAAGGCUGGAAAGCUCGAUGCCGGCCUUGGCCUCUGGGAUGAAAUGAAGGCCGGUGGCUUCAGGCCGAACUUUGGUCUUUAUACGAUGAUGAUUGAAGCGCAGGCAAGAUGUGGUCGACUUGAUCUGGCAGCCACUCUCUUUGCCGACAUGGAGAAGGCUGGUUUUCUCCCUACUCCCUCCACCUAUGCUUCCCUCAUUGAAAUGCACUCUGCCGCAGGACAGGUUGACCCUGCAAUGCGGCUUUACAAUUCCAUGAUCAAGACUGGCCUUCGGCCUGGUUUGAACACUUAUACUUCGCUGCUUACUGUUCUGGCCACCAAGAAACUCUUGGAUUUGGCUGCGAAGGUCCUACUUGAGAUGAAGGCUGGUGGUUUCGCUGUUGAUGUGAAUGCAAGCGAUAUGCUGAUGAUAUAUAUCAAGGAGGGAUCGAACGAUCUGGCAUUGAGAUGGCUUCGCUUUAUGGGCUCAGCUGGAAUCAGGACUAACAAUUUCAUUAUCCGUCAAUUGUUUGAGUCCUGCAUGAAGGCAGCUUUAUAUGAAUCAGCUCGUCCACUUCUUGAAACCUAUGUAAACUCUGCUGCCAAGGUUGAUUUGAUACUCUACACUUCAAUUCUUGCCCAUUUGGUGAGAUGUCAGGAUGAGAAGAACGAGAGAGCUAUAAUGGAUAUAAUGAGUGUGACAAAGCACAAGGCGCAUUGGUUCAUGUGCGGCCUCUUUACUGGAACAGAGCAGAGGAAGAAGCCUGUGUUAUCUUUUGUGAGAGAAUUCUUUCAAGAAAUUGAUUAUGAGAUGGAGGAAAGUGCGGCUAGGUAUUUUGUCAAUGUUCUUCUUAAUUACCUGGUGCUUAUGGGUCAAAUGAACCGUGCAAGGUGUGUUUGGAAGGUGGCUUAUGAGAACAAGUUAUUCCCUAAAGCAAUUGUAUUUGAUCAACAUAUUGCAUGGUCGUUGGAUGUCCGGAAUUUGUCAGUUGGGGCUGCUUUGGUGGCUGUCGUGCACACCCUGCACCGUUUUAGGAAGAGGAUGCUCUACUAUGGUGUCGUGCCCCGACGUAUAAAGCUUGUGACUGGUUCAAUGCUCAAGAUGGUUGUAGCACAGAUGCUUGCAUCUGUUGAAUCUCCAUUUGAGGUGAGCAAGGUCGUUUUGAGGGCACCUGGGGAUUCAAUACUCGAAUGGUUCAAAAAGCCUAUCGUCCAACAAUUUCUACUGAACGAAAUACCAUCAAAGUCUGAUGUUCUAAUGCACAAGCUUAAUGUGCUUUUCCCUAGCUCAGCACCAGAGGUUCGAUCACUUUCACCUCCAAAGCCAGUUUUAUCUAGGUGACUUAUUUAAGGUCAACAUAAUUAGAUUUUGUUAUUUGAAUUUGUAUGUUAUAAUAGAGGAGGAACGAAAUCCCUUAUGGAAAGAUUCACUGUAUUUAUACCGUGCAAUACAGUCCUAGAUCUAUAGUUUCGGAAUAA